AUGCUCGGAACCUCUAUGCCACCCAGGCGCACACAGACUAUCCCACCACCCGCCUUUUUCGUCAAGUAUUGUCCCUCAAGCUCACCCAGCUUCACGGACGAGAUAGACGUUGUUGUUCAAAAUAUAUUACCCACAUCCACCUCCUACUGGCCGUUCCUGCCAUUUUACAAGAUAGAUGGUUAUGACGGUGUACUAGGGAUUGUGUCUGAUGAAAAAUAUACAGGAUUUUUGAGCAUUGCUCUAAUAACAUGGCUGAAAUCAACUUAUAUGACUAAAGUAGCAAGAGGCGUAGUAUAG